UGGCAUUGCAAAUUAUAUAGUAUCAGCAACAACAAUACCAUUAGUAACCCAAUAAUCAAUACCUCCGACUACAUAAAAUUCAAAAAAAAAAAAAACAGUAUGUCAAUUUACAAGCAAACUUGCACAAAUCUUUUGGAUCUUUCGGUGUCCCAAAUUUCAUCAUGGCUAUCUAGUUUUGAUAGCGUCAUCUCGGAUUGUGAUGGUGUUCUAUGGAUCUAUGGGAAGGCGCUUAAUGGAGCAGCGGAUGUUAUGAAUCAAUUGAAAGCCCAGGGCAAAAACAUUUAUUUUUGCACAAAUAAUUCAACAAAAACUCGUGCUGAGCUGUUAACCAAGGGCUUGGAGCUGGGUUUUCAAAUAACCGAAGAGGGGAUUAUAUCCACGGCCCAUGCAACUGCCGCCUACCUGAAGCAACGCAAUUUCGAUAAACGAGUCUUUGUAAUUGGAACUGAGGGUAUCACGCAAGAACUUGAUUUCGUGGGGAUAAAGCAUACUAAGGCUGGUCCGGAUUAUAUGCAAGGAACGUUGGGAGAGUUUAUGGCACAGCAUUUAAAAUUGGAUACUGAUAUUGGAGCUGUUGUCGUGGGAUUCGAUGAGCAUUUUAGUUUUCCAAAAAUGACCAAAGCCGCCUCGUACCUGAGCGAUCCGAAUUGUUUGUUCAUUGCCACAAACACGGAUGAACGGUUUCCCAUGCCGAAUUUAGUUGUACCUGGAAGUGGAAGUUUCGUUCGAGCGAUUGAAACCUGUGCGGAGCGGGCACCAAUUGUGAUUGGUAAGCCGAAUCCGGCCAUUUGUGAGUCCCUAAUCAAACAGAAGAAAGUAAAUCCAUCUCGAACGCUGAUGAUUGGUGAUCGCGCCAAUACGGAUAUAUUACUAGGCUAUAAUUGUGGUUUCCAAACUCUGCUCGUUGGCACUGGCAUACAUCAACUAAGCGAUGUAGCGCAAUGGAAAAAAAGUUCAAAUCCCGAGGAUAAGAAACUCAUACCCGAUGUAUAUCUGCCCAGCUUGGGUGACUUGCUACCUGCGUUGGUCGAGAGCCAGUCCGGGGGAUCUUAUUAAAAAUAUCAGCUAAAAAUUAUCAACAAAAAUAAAAUAAAAACCAUAAACCAAUUGGAGGCUCUACUAGUACACUAAAUAAAACAAUAGACAGGGACUUAUUUUUAAACGCCAAAAUUAACUAAAUUUUAUAGUACAAUUUUCUUAUUAACAAAUGAAAAGAUCAUAUAUGUAAAUAAAUUUACAAGUAUUUUGUAUUGUUGUCCAUA